AGUUGGAGGGCGUAGGUGGUGUUGGGGAAGGGAGGAGGGGGAGACAUGGAUGAGGGAAACUAUAUACGUAAAGACAGCGUGGUCCAGACGCAGUUCUGACGCCUUGCAAGAUGUGGAAAACGCUGCUUCUGACCGUGGUCGCCCUCGCCCUCCCAGUUACCGAGGGCGCUGUGCUGUGCUACUAUGAGUCCUGGGCAAUAUACAGAAUGGGAGAGGGCAAGGUGACUGUGGAUGACUUGGACCCCUUCGCCUGCACCCACUACCUCUAUGCUUUCGCCGGCAUCAACCCCGACAAUACGAUAAAGGUGAAUGAUCCAUGGGCGGACCUGUGUACCGGAGGAGGGCUGUGCGGCUACAAGAAAUUCACGGACAUGAAGAAUAAGAACGCUGGCCUACUGACGCUGCUGUCCGUGGGAGGGUGGAAUGUCGGCUCGCCUGCUUUCUCAGUGAUGGCGGCGACUGCUGCCACCAGGUCGGUGUUCAUCAUGUCAGCUAUAAGCACUCUUAGAGCACACAACUUUGACGGCCUCGAUGUGAGUUGGACGUAUCCAACCUUAAAUGGCGGGGCGCCUCAGGACAAAGACAACUUCGUGAACCUACUCCGGGAGCUGGAAGUGGCGAUGACCAGCGACGGUAUGGUGUUGACAAUAUCCGUAGCACCAACCAUGGAGAUCGCCAGCCAAGCUUACCACAUCCCGAGCAUCUCCCAAUACGUGCACUUCGUCAGUGUGAUGACCUACAACUUCCACGGGCCCUGGGAUCCUUACACCCACCACCACUCCGCCCUGUACCCGUUCAUUAACGACACUGGCAACAACUUGUACCUGAAUGCGAAUGAAGCAAUCCGGUACUGGCUGAUAAGCGGGAUGCCUGCACACAAGAUGAUGUUAGGUGUGCCUAUGUUUGGCCGCUGCUGGACGCUGAACGGCGUGACGAACACAGGAUACUACGCUCCCGCCUCUCAAGCUGGACCACCGGGGCCCUGGACGAGCCAGUGGGGCUACAUGUCCUUCGCUGAGAUCUGUAAGGCGCAAAAAGCAAACGGCUGGACCAUCGCCAAGGAGAUAGGCUGCAAUGAACCCUACACAUACCACCUUUCCAGCAGAAUUUGGUGCUCGUAUGAGGAUACUGAGUCUGUGACUAUCAAGGCCACGUUCGCGGCUAACGAGGGCCUGGCGGGGCUCAUGGUCUGGUCUAUCAAUGAUGAUGACGCACACGGUUACUACACCGGCAGCAAGUUUAAUCUCACAUGGACGCUGUCAAACACCUUCAACGCCGCCACCAACUGACCCAGCAACACACUCAGAGGGUCGGGGAAGCUGGCUGCUCCAACCCGUCACCACCACUGACCGUGCAAAUAUAAUUCCUCUGCAGAAUGGGUUGCCACGUGUUCAUAGUCAUUGCCAAAGCUGUAUUCUGUUUCAUUACUGAAUACAGCUCUGAAUAUAAUGGAGUUCCUCGCUCUGUAAAUUAGUGUUACAGUUGCAGUCAUGCUCAGAAGUCCAUUUCAUAAUAGUUUGCCUAUUUCCCUUAAGCUUUAGUCCUCCGAUCCGCUCAUAGUCUCAUUAGAAAAUUUGACUAGUGAUCGACUUUUAACAAAUAAAGGUCUUUAACAUUGAGGGAAAUAUGCUAAACAUCGUGAAAAUAAAUGCUUCAAGUUACUCGACUUCUGACCAGGACUGUAUGUAUUUGCAUUUGUUACAUUAGUUACCUGCAUGCCUCCCAACCUUCCGUACUAGAACUUUGUGGCAAAAAACUCGCUUCCCAUUCCCACGCAUAAUGUCACAUUUGCUUCGUAUUCUCACACACAACCUGUCAUACUUUAUAAUGCAAAAGUCAAUCUGUACCUUCAUUUGUUUAUUCCCUUCACUAAUAAAAUGAAACGGAAAGUCAGA